CCACCCCCUUUCCGAUUAUAUGUAAAACGUCGGUGGUGAAGCAGCUAGCUAGAAGCUUGGCAAUAAUGACCGGAAGUGGUCCCGUCGGUCCCGAGCUUGGCAAUAGUCUUUGUGGUCAUUAUUCCACAGGCAGGACGCUUAUAAAUCAUGGCAAGCCUCUCAUGAUUUGUGUAUCAAGGGAAGAAGCAAUAAGUCUAGUUUCUGUCGCGCCUAUUAAUAUUUUAUUCAUACAUUUGAAAAGAUCGAGCUUGUUGGAAGUGGCUAGCACGAGUAUUAUGGCACCAACUUAUUCCUCUGUAGUGUUCUCAGUGAGGCGUCGGGAGCCAGUGUUAGUUGUGCCUUCGGAGCCAACACCUAAUGAAUUAAAGCAACUCUCAGACAUAGAUGAUCAGGAAGGCCUCCGUUUUCAGUUUCCUUUGAUAAUGUUUUACUCCAAUUACAAUCCAUCGAUAUUGAUGGUACAAAAAAUAGACGACCCCGCGAAGGUGAUUAGAGAAGCUCUGGCUAAAGCGCUGGUGUAUUACUACCCUUUUGCUGGUAGACUUAAAGAAGGACACAACCGGAAACUUAUGGUGGAUUGCACAGGAGAAGGGAUCUUAUUCGUUGAAGGUGACGCCGACGUCACACUCGCGCAGCUCGGUGACACAAUUCGACCACCAUGUCCGUAUAUUGAAGAGUUUUUGCAUGAUGUGCCUGGAUCCAACGCUAUCCUCGGAUGCCCUUUGCUACUCAUUCAGGUGACCCGUUUAAGAUGUGGGGGAUUCGUCUUUGCAGUCCGACUAAACCACACCAUCAGUGAUUCUCUUGGGUUGGUCCAGCUCCUAAGAGCCGUUGCAGAGAUGACAAGUGGUGCAUGUGCACCAUCGCAGCAACCCGUGUGGCAAAGAGAGAUCUUUAAUGCUCGAGAUCCACCACGGGUGACAUGCAUACAUCAUGAAUACGAGGAGGGAGAUAAGACCAUAGACAACAACAGCACAACACCGACGUUGCAGGAGGAGAUCAACAGCAUUAAUAUGGUCCACAAGUCUUUUUUUUUUGGCCCCAAAGAGAUGGGAUCAUUACGGAAGCAUCUUCCACCACACCUUUGGGCAAGCUCAUCCACCUUCGAAAUACUCAGCGCCUGUUUAUGGAGAUGCCGUACGAUUGCCCUUGCUUUCGACCCGAAUGAGGAUGUUCGUCUAUCCUGCAUGAUCAAUGCGCGUGGUAAACAAGGGCUGCAAGUGCCUAAUGGGUAUUACGGCAACGCAUUUGCCUUCCCAACUGCACUCACCAAGGCUGAAUUACUGUGCAAUAAUCCAUUAGGAUAUGCACUAGAGUUGGUGAAAAAGACGAAGUCCCAAAUGAGUGAGGAAUACAUAAGAUCAGUGACAGGUCUAAUGGUGACGAAAGGUCGUCCUCGUUAUAUAACAGCUGGAAACUAUCUUGUUGCUGAUACAACACGCGUUGGGUUUGAAGGAAUUGAUUUCGGGUGGGGAAAACCAGUCUAUGGGGGUCCUAGUGGCGCCAUACCAUAUGUUAGCUUCUAUGCAAGGUUCAAAAACAGCAAAGGUGAGGACGGGGUUGUGGUACCAAUAUGGUUGCCGCUGCCUGCAAUGGAGAGGUUUCAGCAAGAGUUGUUGAAGAUAACUCGGGAGCCAAGAAUAAUUACUUCAAUGCUCUAAAGAAUCAGCUGUACGAGUUGCGGAAACACUAAUCCAAAUAUAGAAAUUUGCUUUCGGGGACAGAACUUUCGAUGGCUAUCAUCUGGGAGGACAUCCUGCAUGUACGUUUAAUUUCUGGGAAAGAGGAAGAAAUAUAUGUUGUCUUUGAUACACCUCUUCAUAUAUAUUGUACUUUUUUGCA